GACUUGUCGCUAAUGUGAGUGAGGUGCCGCAGUUACAGCGAACGUUCUAAGCAAACUACCAUAAUGGACGUUAGGGGCAAAUUCGUAACACAAACUCCUCAUCAUUCCCGUUUAUAAAUAAACAUCGUAAAACCAUGCUCACUUCCCAAUCUAGUUUAAACCAUCAGACAAAAACAUCAUCCCUUUCGUAAUAAUGAAGACAGUCUUCACUAUUUUCUCGGUACUUGUAUCCACCGUAAUCUCCACCGUCAACGGCUGCCCUCCGUCGGACCGCGCUGCGCUGCUAGCAUUCAAAGCAGCUCUCCACGAGCCUUACUUGGGCAUCUUCAACUCAUGGACGGGCACCGACUGUUGCCACAACUGGUACGGCGUUAGCUGCGACCCACAGUCACAUCGAGUCGCCGACAUUAAUCUCCGUGGUGAGUCCGAAGAUCCCAUCUUUGAGCGAGCUCACCGGACCGGUUUUAUGACUGGUUUUAUGUCUCCCGAAAUAUGCAAGCUAACUCGCCUCUCUAGUCUUACUAUCGCUGAUUGGAAAGGGAUUACAGGCGAGAUUCCUAAAUGCAUUACCAGUCUACCAUUUCUUCGCAUCCUUGAUUUGAUCGGUAACAAGCUUUCCGGAGAAAUUCCUGCUGAUAUCGGCAGGUUGAAGCGUCUCACAGUUUUAAACGUUGCCGACAACCAAUUAUCGGGGAGAAUCCCAUCUUCAUUGACCAGUUUAUCAAACUUGAUGCAUUUAGAUUUGAGGAACAAUAAAAUCUCGGGUCCAGUCCCCAGCAAAGCCGGGAAUCUCAGUAUGUUGAGCCGUGCUUUGUUGAGCGGCAAUAUGAUUAGCGGACCGAUCCCGGUGUCGAUAUGCCGAAUUUAUCGUCUCGCUGAUUUGGACCUCUCGAUGAACAAAAUAUCGGGGGUGAUUCCUCCUUGUCUUGGGAAAAUGGCGGUCCUGGCGACGUUGAAUUUGGAUUGCAACAUGUUAAUGGGUACGAUACCGACAACCCUUUUAACUUCCGCCAUCGGCAACCUCAACUUGAGCCGAAACGCUAUGGAAGGUAACAUUCCGGAUGUUUUCGGGCUGACAUCUUACUUCACGGUGAUCGAUUUGUCGCAUAACAAGUUAAGGGGUCCGAUCCCGAGAAGUUUGUCGGCGGCAUCUUACAUCGGGCACCUUGAUUUGAGUUACAACCACCUAUGCGGGCGGAUUCCGGCGGGAGCACCGUUCGAUCAUCUGGAAGCAUCCUCUUUCAUGUACAACGAUUGUCUUUGUGGUAAACCGCUUGGAGCUUGUUGAUGACAUGGUUAAUAAAUUUUUAUCUACUGCUUAUAUCUAUUGUAUUAUUGUAAUGAUAAUGUAAACCCUACUUAAACAGAAAUUAUAAAAUAUAAUUUACUUAAAGAUGAACAUAAAAA